AUGGGCAAAGCGGAAGACGUGGUCCUCACCUCCCAGGUGCCCAGCGAGAGCAUCCCCUUACUUGGCCACGCCCUGCCCAGUCCCACCUACCUGAGCCAGGAGGAGGUGGUCCAGCAGGCGGGGUCUGCCCCCUGGCCGGGCGUCCGCAAGGCCCUGCUCUGCCUCCUGGGGGCGCUGUUCGCCUGCCUGCUCGCCCUGGCCGUCCUCCUCUUGGUCACGAUGCCAAGGCCGCGGCCACCCUUGGUCUGGUGGCAGAAAGCCUCCUUCUACCACCUGCCCGCGGCCUCCUUCCCGGAUUCCGACGGCGAUGGGCAAGGGGACCUGGAAGGUAAGGAGGUCAGGAGGGUUGUGGUUUUUAUUUUUAAAAAAUUACGUUUUCAAAAACAGGAACGGAGAGCAUAUUUAACCUCCUGUCCCUGUCCCACUUAAAACUUCGUACCAAAUACAGAAUGUAUACAAAUACCAUAUGACUUCCCUUCCACCCUAUUCCUGGCUCCUUUUCUUUUCUGCUACUCCGCGUAAUCCACAUCUUUUUAAUCAUCCAAUUUGUUACCAUUUAAAUACUCUCUUUCAGCUCUGCUGGAUUUACUGGAGACCUGCUAAGCUAUGUAUUUGUCUAGAUUGGUUCUUAAAAUAGUCAAUUGCCCACUCCGCCUUAUAUUCCUUAUCUUCGUUUUCUCUUACCCUGUUCGUCAGACCAGCCAGUUCUGCAUAUUCAAACAUUUCGCACUGCCAAUUCUUCCUUAGUGGGUACUAGACUUGUUCUUCGCCUUUGUGCCAAUAAGGCUGUAGCUGAGGAGGUGGCGCAUAGUAAUAAACUCUUUUGCUUUUUUGGGACCCAAGAGGAAAACCUCAGGUGUUCUGGGGAAAGUUUUUUUAAAAAAAAAUUUAAUUCAUUCUAUAUGGUUUCCCAAUAUUCCUUAAUUACUUUACAGGACCACCACAUGUGGUAAAGGGAUUCCUCAAUUUCAUUACAUUUCCAAAAUAGACCUUUUCCUUUUUUUAAAGACAUUUUCACCAAUCUAAAAGGUAAAGGGACCCCUGACCAUUAGGUCCAGUCGUGGCCAACUCUGGGGUUGCGGCGCUUAUCUCGCUUUCUUGGCCAAGGGAGCCGGCAUUUGUGCGCAGACAGCUUCCGGGUCAUGUGGCCAGCAGGACUAAGCCGCUUCUGGCGAACCAGAGCAGCACACGGAAACGCCAUUUACCUUCCCACCGGAGCGGUACCUAUUUAUCUACUUGCACUGGUGUGCUUUCAAACUGCUAGGUUGGCAGGAGCAGGGACCGAGCAACAGGAGCUCAUUCCGUCGCGGGGAUUCGAACCGCCGACCUUCUCAUCGGCAAGUCCUAGGCUCUGUGGUUUAAUCCACAGCGCCACCCGCGUCCCAAUCUGGUGGGUGUUAAAUACCUUCUGUGGGCCAUUUUCAUCGAGUUUUAUUUUAUUGCACGACAUGCCGUGAAAUUCAUAUUUAUUUCCCACAACUUUCCCCAUCAUUCGUAACCAAUAUAGUGACCCACAUCUUGUGCCCACUUAAUCAUGCUCGAUUAAAAUUGGGGCAAGAGGGGUGUUAGCUGUGGGGUGGAGUCUAAACAGUGACCCUGCCUCUCCUCCCUUCUUCUCCCUCAAGGUGUAAGAUGUCAGCUGGACCAGCUCCUAGCCUUCUCCAUCCAGGCCUUGGUGCUGGGCCCAAUCCUCGAGAGUGACCUUGCCAAUCUGAGCAGGAUCCUACCUGCCCAUGGGUCUCAGGAACAGCUGGGAGCCCUGGUGGAUGUUGGGAAGAAGGAAGGUAUGAAGGGGGGGUUACAGUUCAGUGGCAGAGGUAAAGACCUAGAUCAGGGGUCAGCAACCUUUUUCAGCCGUACGCCGGUCAAUUGUCCCUCAGACCAUGUGGUGGGCUCAGCGGCGUAGCGUGGGUUGUCAGGACCUGGGGCAAGGCAAGUAAUUUGCGCCUCCUAACCCCUAACCUGCCGCCGCUGCCAGCUUCUUCUUGCUGCUGCCUGGGCUGGGGUAUUUACGGUAAGGUAGCCACGGCGGCGGCGGCGGGUCCGUGUCAGGUGAUCUGAGGCGAGUUGCCGCUGGCGCUGCCGCCCAAACGACGCCGCUUGCCCGGAGGAGGAGGAGGGCAGAGAGGCGAGGAAAAUGCAACAUGGCCCAGCAGCAGCAGCGGCGACGGCGGGGCUGUGAGGAGGGGCUGCCUGGCGCGCCCUCCGCGGCCCUGACGCGCGGGGACCGCGGCGAGCGCUGAGAGCCUCUGCCAGCUCGUCGGUUCCGCGAGACAUGGGGCUCUGCUACAGCCUGCGCCCGAGGCUCUUCGGCGACUCCGGAGGCGGCGAGCGCGCCCCCCCCAGAUGUUGCGCCCGGUGCGGUCGGCCCCCCCUGCACCCCCCACGCUACGCCACUGGGUGGGCUGGACUAUAUUUUGGAAAAAAAAUAAUGAACAAAUUCUUAUGCCCCACAAAUAACCCAGAGAUGCAUUUUGAAUAAAAGGACACAUUCUACUAAUGUAAAAACAUGCUGAUUCCUGGACCGUCCACAGGCCAGAUUGAGAAGGCCUUUGGUUGCCUACCCCGUCCUAGAUUCAUAGCAUUGGUGCUGACCUUUAAAGCCCUAAACGGCCUCAGUCCAGUAUCCCUGAAGGAGCGUCUCCACCCCCAUCGUCCAGCCCAGACACUGAGGUCCAGCGCCGAGGGCCUUCUGGCGGUUCCCUCGCUGCAAGAAGUGAGGUUACAGGGAAGCAGGCAGGGGGCCUUCUUGGUGGUGGCGCCUGCCCUGUGGAACGCCCUCCCACCAGAUGUCAAGGAAAUAAACAGCUACCUGACUUUCAGAAGACAUCUGAAGGCAUCCCUAUUUGGGGAAGUUUUUAAUGUUUAAUGCUGUAUUGUGUUUUUAAUAUUCAGUUGGGAGCUGCCCAGAGUGGCUGGGGAAACCCAGCCAGAUGAGUGGGGUAUAAAUAAUAAAACAUUAUUAUUAUUAUUAUUAUUAUUAUUAUUAUUAUUAUUAUUGAAUUGUAGUUAGAAGGGACCCCCCUGGGUCAUCCAGCCCAACCCCCUGCCAUGCAGAAAUCGCAGCUAGAGGAGGUGUCCAUCUGACCUCUGCUUAAAAACCUCCACCGAAGGAGAGUCCUGCCUGAGACCCCGCAGGGCAGCUGCCAGUCAGAGCAGGCCACGCUGGUGGACCAAGGGGCCCUGAUGCCACAGAAAGCAGCUGAGCUUCCGGUGCCCACAGACAGGGCCUGUUUCAAGGCAAGAAAUGGCAGGUUGCAGUUCUUCAAGUACAAUCUUGCCCCACACCUGAUGAGGUUGUUGCGCUGCAACUUCUAGGCUGCAUCAACAGAAGUCCUAGUGUCCAGAUCAAGGGGGAUAAUAGCCCUGCUCUCUUCUGCCUUGGUCAGGCCACACUUGGGGUCCUGUGUCCAGUUCUGGGCACCAACAUUUAAGAAGGAUGUUGACAAGCUGGAAGGUGGGCAGAGGAGGGCGACCACGUCUUAAUAAUAAUAAUAAUAAUAAUAAUAAUUUACUAUUAUUUGUACCCCGCCCAUCUGGCUGGGUUUCCCCAGCCACUCUGGGCGGCUUCCACAAAGACCAAAAAUACACUAAGAUGUCACACAUUAAAAACUUCCCUGAACAGGGCUGCCUUCAGAUGUCUUCUGAAUGUCAGGUAGUUAUUUAUCUCUUUGACAUCUGAUGGGAGGGCGUUCCACAGGGCGGGUGCCACCACCGAGAAGGCCCUCUGCCUGGUUCCCUGUAACUUGGCUUCUCUCAGUGAGGGAACCACCAGGAGACCCUCGGAGCUGGACCUCAGUGUCUGGGCUGAAUGAUGGGGGUGGAGACGCUCCUUCAGGUAUACCUGGCCAAGGCUGUUUAGGGCUUUAAAGGUCAACACCAACACUUUGAAUUGUGCUCAGAAACGUACUGGGAGCCAAUGUAGGUCUUUCAAGACCGGUGUUACAUGGUCUCGGUGGCCGCUCCCAGUCACCAGUUUAGCUGCCGCAUUCUGGAUUAGUUGCAGUUUCUAGGUCACCUUCAAAGGUAGCCCCACGUAGAGCGCAUCGCAGUAGUCCAAGCGGGAGAUAACCAGAGCAUGCACCACUCUAGCGAGACAGUCUGUGGGCAGGGAGGGUCUCAUCCUGCGUACCAGAUGGAGCUGGGAGACAGCUGCCCUGGACACAGAACUGACCUGCGCCUCCAUGGACAGCUGUGAGUCCAAAAUGACUCCCAGGCUGCGCACCUGGUCCUUCAGGGGCACAGUUGUCCCAUUCAGGACCAGGGAGUCCUCCACACCAGCCCGCCCCCUGUCCCCCAAGAACAGUACUUAUGUCUUGUCAGGAUUCAACCUCAAUCCAUUAGCCACGAUCCAUCCUCCAACCGCCUCCAGGCACUCACACAGGACCUUCACCGCCUUCACUGGUUCUGAUUUGAAAGAGAGGUAGAGCUGGGUCUUCAAACUUCAGAGGAAGAGUUGUGGGAGUUGGCUAUGUUUAGCCAGGAGAGGAAAAGAUGGAAAGGAGAUAUUUUAGCCACCUUCAAAUAUCUGAAGAGUGGUCACAUGGAAGAUGGAGCAAGCUUCUUACCUGCUCCUCCAGAGGAAAGGACUUGAAUAAACAGAUUCAAAUUACAAGAAAGCAGAUUCCGAUGAAACAUUAGUAAGAACUUAUUUUAGGAUAGGCGUUGUUCAACAUAGGCCUCAGCUUCACCGGAGAUUUGCAAGCAGUGGUUGGGUGGCCAUGAUUCUAUUAUUUUUGCCUUUUCCCAUUCCAACGCCCCUCUCCUCCAACCACCCAGGACUCCGAAUUUUGCUUGAACUCCCAGUCUGGGAAGAGGAGCUGGACUCCCCUGCAAAGCACAACUGGACACACCAGCUCCUCAAGGUAUGUGGUUGUCGUUCCUCCUCAAAGUCUGGCCAUGUUUGCCCGUAUUCAGCUGCCAGGGUAGGAGACUGCUGAUGUCGGUUUGCUUAAAUUCUGAAAUAAACUUCAAGCCUGGUUGGAAUUCACAGACUUUGGCCCAGAAACCUUUCUUCUGAUCCCAGAUGUGCAGAGGUUGGCUGGGGGUGGUGGUGCAUAAGAAACUAAGAACAGCCUGCAGGAUCAGGCUAGUGACCUAUCUGGUCCAGAACCCUGUUCUCAUAGUAGCCAACCAGAUGCACAUUAUGGGAAACCUGCAGGCAGGAUCUGAGUGCAAGAUCUGGUCUGCCCCACAGAGGACCUUAAGGUCCAGGAAGUUUAGAGGUCCCAGGCCCUAAGGAAGUUAAAUUAUCCUCCACCAGGGCCAGCGCCUUCUCAGUGAGGGCUCCGACCUGGUGGAAUGCUCUGUCCCAUGAGACUAGGGCCCUUCAGGAUUGAACUUCCUUCCUCAGGGCCUGUAAGACAGAGCUAUUCCGCCUGGCCUUUAAUUGAACUUAGCUUGAUCUUUUAUUCCCCUUCCUUCCUUCCUUCUCCCCUUUUUAUGAAGAUUCCCCGCUCUGGGAUCCCACAGCUAAUUCUCCCCUGGUCUCCUCGCCGGCCCAAAUAGGACCAACUUAGCCAGCUAGCCCUGGUGAUCAUCUAAUGUUUAUUGGAUGGAUUUCCCCUCCUAAAUUGAUUUUUGAAUUCUGAAUUUAUUAUUCAGGUUUUAUACUGUAUUUUAUGCUGUUUUUUGAUGCAUCGAUUAUGUGUUUUAAAUUUGUUAUUGGCUCCCCUGAGCCUGGUUUUCUGAACCAGGAAGGGCGGGGUAUAAAUAAAAAUUUAUUAUUAUUAUUUAUAAGAGCUCUCUCCUCUCUUGCGGUUUCCAGAUUCAGAAGCACUGCUGCCUCCAACCAUGAAGGCAGAUUAUAGCUGUCCUGUCUAGUAGCCAUCGACAACCCUCUCCUCCUCCAUGACUUUGCCCAAUCCUCUUUUAAAACCAUCUAGGUUGAUGGCCAUCAUUGCCUCCUGUGGCAGGGAGUUCCAUAGAAUAACUACACUUGCUUUUUUCCUCUAAUAUAAAAACUCCCAAGUGAUGCAACUUUCCCUGCCUCAAUCAUUUUGGUGAACCUUUUCCAGCUAUACAAUGUCCGUUUUGAGGCAAGGUUCAUCCAGCGCCGGAUUUACGUAGAAGCUAAACAAGCUCUAGCUUAGGGUCCCACUCUCUUGGGGGCCCCCGAAGAAUGCAAAGAGCGGGGAAAAUCUGGAUGUACAUUUCCAAAAUAUAAGAUAAAAAACAAAUAAAAUAAAACCUACACACAGCAACAGUGUUUUGUGUUGUGUAGGCUCCUAUGAUGUAAGUCAUGGACCCCACCUGCUAGCCUGCUCCCUAAAAUAUCACUGCUUUGCUCCUUUCUAUAUACAGUGGUACCUUGGUUCUCAAACUUGAUCCAUUCUGGCAGUUCGUUCCAAAACCAAAGUGUUCCAAAACCAAGGCACACUUUCCCAUAGAAUGCAAUGCAAAAUGGAUUCAUCCAUUCCAGACUUUUAAAAACAACCCAUAAAGCAGCAAUUUAACAUGAAUUUUCCUAUCUUAAUUGUAUUUCAGUUCCACAAUUACUUGGAUAAAAUACGUAUUUUGUUAUGUGCAAAUGGGUUGGAUACCUAUUAGGUCCAUCAGUUACCAUAUAGCAUAUAUAUCCAACACAUAAAACAGCUGCAAUUUGUUGUUGACAAAGGACAGCUGGACAUAUAAAGGGCCCCAUUACCUUCAGCAGCUUAGGGCCUCAUCAAACCUCAAUCCGGCCCUGGGUUCAUCCUGUACGUGCACAGAGACACCCUGUGCCCGAGGCUCGAAUCCGGCCCUUGCUUUCAAGACGCAAUAUUCUGAGUUGACAUGCUCUUGGGCUGAGCCAUGACGGGUCCUGGCAUGUUCAGUUCCAUGCACCGCAAGUGGGCACACGACACAUUAACUGAGAAGUCAGUCCCUCUGUCUCAAAGUGGGUCUUAUUCCCAGCUGAGUGAGCCUGGGAUUUCUGCAGCCAAAUUCAGCUCCCCAUCCCUGAGCAUCCAACUCCUUUUGUUUGACCCUGCAGGGGGCGUUCCAGUUCUGGCAGGCUUUGGGGGUUCAUGGAUUCCUGGUGGGCAAGGAUCCUGCCUGGCGGCUGGAGGCGGUAAGAGCGGUGCCACCCAGUGGCAUUUUGUUUACUUGUUUGAAAUAUUCAUAUACCACCCUUUCUUAUUGAAUCCCAGAUAGACACUUAAAAAAAAGUAAAAAAUUAAAAAAAGCACUUGGGGAAAUUUGUGGCUAAGCAACAGGGCACCUGUGCCGUCUGCAGAAGCUGCCAAGUCCAAACCCUGCUGGCAGCAUCUCCAGGUAGGGCUAAAAAACCCUUUCCUAAAAUCCUGCAGAGAUGCUGCCAGUCCCGGUAGACAAUAUCAAGCUUGUUGUUGUUGUUUAGUUGUUUAGCUGUGUCCGCCUCUUCGCGACCCCCUGGACCAGAGCACGCCAGGCACUCCUGUCUUCCACUGCCUCCCGCAGUUUGGUCAAACACAUGUUUGUAGCUUCGAGAACACUGUCCAACCAUCUCGCCCUCUGUCAUCCCCUUCUCCUUGUGCCCUCCAUCUUUCCCAACAUCAGGGUCUUUUCCAGGGGUCUUCUCUUCUCAUGAGGUGGCCAAAGUACUGGAGCCUCAGCUUCAGGAUCUGUCCUUCCAGUGAGCACUCAGGGCUGAUUUCCUUCAGAAUGGAUCGGUUUGAUCUUCUUGCAGUCCAUGGGACUCUCAAGAGUCUCCUCCAGCACCAGAAUUCAAAAGCAUCCAUUUUUUGGCGAUCAGCCUUCUUGAUGGUCCACCUCUCGCUUCCAUACAUCACUGCUGGGAAAACCAUAGCUUUAAAAUAUCAAGCUAGAUGGAGCAAUGGUCUGACUCUGUGUAAGACAGCUUGCUAGGCCCCUGUGUUUCAAGAUGAAGAUGAAGAAGAAGAAGAAGAAGAAGAAGAAGAAGCAGCAGCAGCAGCAGCAGCAGCAGCAGCAGCAGCAGCAGCAGCCAGGUUUUUAUCCAGAUCUGCCUGGAUAAAUAAAUCUUUAACUGAUGUCGCAACACAAGCUAGGUUAGUGCCUUUCAUACUUAAGGAAGCGAAGGGACUGAUUGCAAAGUCCCUCCUAUUUGUCUGCAGUAGCAACUUCAAGGUUUCUGUGGCACUGAGAGGACAGGGACCCACAAAACCAGUUUUAAAGGGAAAUCCGCUUUACAGAGCAAGACACGAAAAAGAGAGGCGAGUUACAAAUGAAGUUUUAAUAUAGAAGCAUUUUAAACUCCAGACUCUGUACAUACUCGAACCUAACAAGGGUUUUGGGCAGCCUUUAACCCUCACCCCAGCUUCCUCACAUUUGGGGUGAGCGUAAGAACAGACUCCAUUGGCCCAUCUAGCCAACAUGAUGCCUUUAUGGCAGGCACCCCCAAACUCAGUCCUCCAGCUGUUUUGGGACUACGAUUCCCAUCAUCCCUGACCAGUGGUCCUGUUAGCUAGGGAUGAUGGGAGUUGUAGUCCCAAAACAGCUGGUGGGCCGAGUUUGGGGGUGCCUGCUCUAUAGGUAAAGAAAAGGAAAAAAAUUCUAGAAUGCCCCCUUUGCAAUGCACAUUUGUAAGUACACUGAGGAAUCUAAGGUGUGUUGUUGAUUGGAACUGCAGUCGGGAACCUGAGCUUUCCCUCUUAGGAUUGAUGAACCCCAAAUAUGUGGGUGUGUGAUACUGUCUUCUGUGGGGCUUGAUUGUAGGUGCUGGAUGCGUGGAGUGAGCUGGGCGCUCAAACGAAGCCAGAUCGGGGGCAGGAGAAGUAAGUGAGGGGUCAGUGGCCUAUGGGGGUUCUCUGAUCUUUUCUUUUCUUUUCUUUUCUUUUCUUUUAAAUAAUUCGUCUUUCUUGAUUUAAAAUAUCAUCUUACAUAUAUGUUACAAAUAGUUACAACAAAAUUUAACACGAAAUUAUAAGAGAAAAAAAGAUAAAGAAAUAAAAAUAAAAAAGCAAAAGAGAGUUAACAAUAAGAAAUGAACAUUGGUUAUAACAUCCUGUCUUAUCUAAUAGAGUCUUCUGAAAGAAACUUCCAAUCAUUCUCUUUGUACUUUUUCUGUUAUCUUAAUUUUGUUGCACAGUUUGUUUUAUAACUUUUCCUGUAUAUUUCUCUAGUAUGUUUAUUCCAUUUGUUUAUUAUAUACAAGUAUCAUUCAGUUCUGCUAGGAUAACGUCAUUUUUACAGCACAAUCUUAUAUAUACUCUUUGAAUAGUCCCCAUUCUCUGUAUAUUUUUUUAUUUGGGGCUCCUCUAACUUUUCCACUCAGUUUUGCUAAUUGAAAGUACUCAGCAUGAGUGAUUGUCAAUCUAUUCUUGUAGGUGUUGUUUCACUUUUCCAACUUCUGGCUAUCAGUAUUCUUGCAGCUGUAAUUGAAUACAUAAGCAGUGGUCUUGUAUUUUGCUUUAUUUCUAUGGGCAGAAUUCCUAGAAGGAAAAUCUCCGGCCUUUUUUAAAAAGUCAAUUUAAAUAAUUUCUUAAAUUCAUCAUAUAUUUUAUUCUCUGAUCUUUUCAAUUUCCUUUCCCCCAGACCCUCCUUAGUCCAGGGUCUGCGAGGACCUCUGGUGGCAGGACUGGGGAAUGCAGGCAGUCCCAAGGCAUUGGAGAAUCUGAAGUUUGGGAGGCUGGGGGUUUGCCCUUUUAUUGGGUACUUUUACGCAUCACCCCAAUAUCUGAGUGGCAAGACAUUCCAGUGCUUGGCCAGGGUUCAGUUUCAUAGGAAUGAAGAACAGCAGAUACUGUUGUGUCCUUAGGAUAUACUUACACAUAUAUGCAACCUGGGCAUAAUACGUCAACGUUAAGCAUAGCCUCCAACAUUUCUCAGAUGAAAAUAGGGACAUCCUAUUCCAUAAUAAAAGGGACGUGGGUGGCGCUGUGGGUUAAACCACAGAGCCUAGGACUUGCCGAUCAGAAGGUCGGCGGUUCGAAUCCCCGCGACGGGGUGAGCUCCCAUUGCUCGGUCCUUGCUCCUGCCAACCUAGCAGUUCGAAAGCACAUCAAAGUGCAAGUAGAUUAAUAGGUACCUCUCCGGCGGGAAGGUAAACGGUGUUUCCGUGCGCUGCUCUGGUUCGCCAGAAGCGGCUUAGUCAUGCUGGCCACAUGACCCAGAAGCUGUACGCCGGCUCCCUCGGCCAUUAAAGCGAGAUGAGCGCCGCAACCCCAGAGUCGGCCACGACUGGACCUAAUUGUCAGGGGUCCCUUUACCUUUAAGGAAAAGCAGGACAUUCUGGGAUCAAAUCAGAAACCAGAACGGCUUCUGUAAAUCCGGGACUGUUCCUGGAAAAUAGGGACACUUGGGGUGGGGUGGGGGGGUCUGCAUUAAUUGCUUCUCCGUUAGUUGCAGCUUUAGGUCCAGCACAGAGCUAGCAGGUCUCUGUGUAUCCAGCUUCCAGCCUCUUUCCACCCAUUAGCCUGGAAGGCCCCCUCACAUAGUUGCAACCUAGCUCAUUCUUUUGUGAUGCUGAUGAGGACACUGAGGUGGCCAGCCCAGGUAACAACCUUACAAAAAACUUGUGCGGCCAGCCCAGCAGCCUCCUCCAAUAGAUUCCAACCAGCACUGGGCACAGCACUCCAAGGACUGGAAGGUACUCAGGGCAUCAUCUAGACUGACCCUGAAGUGCACGACGUCCAUCUUUUAUUUAGAAUUCAUUCGGAUUGGUUUGUAGGGACGUCAUAUGACAUCACGUUGCCAUCUUGCACUUUGCAAUGCAUGCAUGUUCCAGUGGCGCCCGCCCUGUGGAACGCCCUCCCAUCAGAUGUGAAGGAAAUAAGCAGCUAUCUUAUCUUUAAAAGACAUCUGAAGGCAGCCCUGUUUAGGAAAGUUUUUAAUAUUUAAUGCUGUAUUGUUUUCAACACUCGAUUGGGAGCCGCCCAAAGUGGCUGGGGAAACUCAACCAGAUGGGCGGGGAAUAAAUAAAUUAUUAUUAUUAUUAUUAUUAUUAUUAGGUGGGAUUCAAACGCAUACCAGCAAUUCAGGCUGCACAGUUACAGGCGAUCCGCUGUUCUUGCACAACAAACCCACUUCCCCCUUUAAAAGGAAAAGCAGGCUUUUCGCAACGAGGAAGCCAUGGCGAAACGCACUGGGAAAUGUUGUGUUAUUGCUGGACAUAACAUCGUAUAACCCCCUUGGUGCAUGCACCAUAAGCAGGUCAUCUGGAAGCAACCCCUGCCGUGUCCCUUACUGCAAAAAAAAGUCUUGUAUCUGUGCUGGUCCCGGGGGGGGGGGGGAGGUUACCAUGUGGCGUGGUCUGAGUCUGGUCCUAGGUCAAGGGUCUGGAGGCUGUCUGUCAAGGGCGAAACGGGGUCCAAGGCAAGGAGCCGGGCGUGGUCAGGAACUCUGGAAGAGCAGGACAGGAUGCAGGCAGGUACAGGAUACCAACGAUGUUGCUCCCGCAACCUGGGACUGGGCUGACUGGCCUUUAUCUCCUCUGAGGCCUAGGGCGGUCCCGGCCCACAGGUGACUUGCCUCUCCUGGCCUUAAGGCGAGCACUCCUUCUGUGAGAACUUAGUUCCCUCCGCCUCUCUGCCCUGAGCCUCUGCAGCUCAGGAGAGGCUGGAGGGUUACUGGACCCAGAGGCAACCUCAGCUUCCUCUGACAGGGCUGAGAGUGGAGCACCUGCAGGCAAUGGGUCCUCCAUCACCUCUGGAGCCAGAGCGGAUUCAGCUGGUGGCUGCUCCUGAGGAUCCGGCACAGGUGAGGGCCCUUCAGGUUCAAGCCCCUGCCCCAGCUCAGCCAGCCCUGGAGGCGGGGACUCCUGUGCAGGCUGGGAUUCCUCCGGUUCAGCCUCUGAAUCGGAUUCCCAGGCCAUCACAGCGUCGAAGCAGCAAGCAUUUGAAAUCUGCAAUUCAGCACACGCCCUGCAAAACAGUGACAGGGUUAAUUUCACAUGCAUCUCUUUCAGGGUCCUGAUUGUCCUGGACGAGAGCGAAAGAUGCAACAUUUCUUGCUGGGUGCCUGACAGCGUCAUCCUCAGCUGCCGUCUGCUGGGAGCUGAGAGGAACCUGACUGCCCAAGGACUGGCGCAACGGGUGGAAGGGGCCUUGGGGCACCCGCAGGUGGCCUGGCCCGGGUGGAUGGUGAGGAGGGACUUUGCUUGGGCUGCGUGAAACUUCUCUGGUGCAAGCUGCUUUUUGAAUUAUUAUUUUUUAAAAAAUAUUUGGUUUUUCAGAUUUUUCACAUAUCCAACAUAAAAACAAAAUUACAAGGAAUCUCUUGGACUUCCCUCCUUCCCUUUGUGGGUCCUAUUGUUAAUCAUUUCCUCCUGCAUCUUUUAUAAUAAUCCAAAUAUUUUAUCUCUCCAUUGUAUCCAAUGUUCACCAUUAAACUACAAGUGACAUUCCAAUCUUACUAACGAUUUUAACUGUUUACAAUGGUCUUGAAGAUAAGUUAUAAAUUUCAACCCAUUCCUAAUUAAAAUUUUGGUCUUCCUGAUUUCUGAUUCUUCCAGUCAUUUUAGCCAUGUUGGCAAAGUCCAUCAAUUUGAUCUGCCAUUCCUCUCUGGUAGGGACUUCAUAUUCUUUCCAUCUCUGGGCAAGUAACAUCUGCGCAGCCGUGGACACAUAGAUAAAUUGUCUUUUCUGCUCCCUUGGGAUUUCAGCACCUGGAAUUCCUAAAAGGAAGGCUUCUGUUUUGUUCUUUUAGAAAAGGUUAUUUUAAACAUUUUUUCCAACUCAUUAUAUAUCAUUUCCCAAAAUCCUUUUACUACCUUACAUUUCCACCACAUAUGACAGAAGGUGCCUUCUUUCCCCUUAUAUUUCCAGCAUACAUUUGACUCCGUUUUAUACAUUUUUCCUAAUUUACUAGGAGUUAAAUACCAACGGAACAUCAUUUUCAUAUAAUUUUAUUUCAACGUGUAAUAUGCUGUGACUUUUAAAUCCCAAUUCCAUAACUUCUUCCAAGCUGUAAAUUGUAUAUUGCACAAGCAGCUUGUAAUCUACAAUUCUACGAAAGGAUUUGUUGUGCCGAGAAGGCACCCAAAUAAUCCCUUGUGAAAAAAGAUAAACCGGUAAACGAGUCAAGGCCUCGGUUUGGGGUCCACUUCCUUUUCUGUUCUCUGUUUCUCUCUCUCUUCCAGGUGCCAUGGGGAUCCCCACUGAAGGCUGGCUUGGGGCAGAUGUUGGGAGUUCUCCAGCUCACCCUUCCAGGAGUCCCACUAUUGCAAGGUGGCGAAGGAUCCCCUGUUCCAAUGCAGAAUGCGUCCACGGUGAGACACAGACCAUUGUCUCACACUUGGGGAAGGGCUUUAGCUCAGUGCUAAAGCAUGUCCGCUGGGUUGAAUCCCCGGAAUUUAUUUAUUUAUUACAUGUCUCAAACCUUCAGUGAGUUAGAAUAGAAUAGAAUUUAUUAUUUAUACCCCGCCCAUCUGGCUGGGCUCCCCCAGCCACUCUGGGCGGCUUCCAACAAAAUAUUAAAAUACAGUGGUCUGUUAAACAUUAAGAGCUUUCCUAAAGAGGGCUGCCUUCAGAUGUCUUCUAAAAGUCUGGUAGUAGUUCUUCUCUUUGACAUCUGCUGGGAGGGCGUUCCACAAGGCGGGAGCCACCACCGAGAAGGCCCUCUGCCUGGUUCCCUGUAACUUGGCUUCUCGCAUUCAGGGAACCGCCAGAAGGCCCUCGGCGCUAGACCUCAGUGUCCGGGCAGAACGAUGGGGUGGAGACGCUCCUUCAGGUAUACUGGAGUUGGGGACUUCCCCUGCUUGUGAAGACAGGCUCUGGCAGAUGGACUAGCUGAAAUCAAGAGGGGGGUCCAAUGCAGAAAAAGGUGGGUUUUGCACAAGCUGUAAUGGGUGGGCAGGUGUGGGGGACUCCCUGGUCCUGAAUGGGGUAAAUGAGCCACUGAAUGACCAGGUGCCCAGCCCGGGAGUCAUUUUGGACUCACAGCUGUCCAUGGAGGCGCAGGUCCAUUCUGUAUCCAAGGCAGCUGUCUCCCAGCUCCAUCUGGAACGCAGGAUGAGACCCUCCCUGCCCGCAGACUGUCUUGCCAGAGUGGUGCAUGCUCUGGUUAUCUCCCGCUUGGACUACUGCAAUGUGCUCUCCAUGGGGCUACCUUUGCAGGUGACCUGGAAAUUACAACUAAGCCAGAAGGCAGCAGCUAGACUGAUGACUGGGAGCGGCCACCGAGACCCCAUAACACCGGUCGUGAAAGAUCUUCAUUGGCUCCCAGUACGUUUCCGAGCACAAUUCAAAGUGUUGGUGCUGACCUUGAAAGCCCUAAACGGCCUCGGUCCAGUAUACCUGAAGGAGCGUCUCCACCCUCAUCUUUCAGCCCGGACACUGAGGUCCAGCUCCAAGGGCCUUCUGGCGGUUCCCUCACUGUGAGAAGUGAGGUUACAGGGAACCAGGCACAGGGCCUUCUUAGUGGUGGCGCCCGCCCUGUGGAAUGCCCUCCCAUCAGAUGUCAAGCAAAUAAACAACUAUAUGACUUUUAGAAGACAUCUGAAGGCAGCCCUGUUUUGGGAAGUUUUUAAUGUCUGAUGUUUUAUGGUAUUUUUCUCUCCCCGUCCUAGUGUGACACUCUAACCACUACACCAUGCUGCCUCUCCAUCUUCCUAUAGGGCUGUAAGUGUGCCCUCUCUGAAACUCCGGAGAUUUGCCCUCGCCACUUGGCCUGCUCCCCAACCUCCGCAACCCUUAAGUACACCCAUACCUCCUGCCGCCCCCUUGACUCUUAGCACCCCACCUCGGUGAUCCUACCCCCCCCUUUGGGAACCACUGAUCCAGCCCAAACGGAGCAACACUGACUUGUGGUCUGAUGGCACCGCUGACCCCCUAUUUAAAUCAGCCCCUUAUUCAAAGCGAUGAGGACUAGAAUCCUGUUGUGUGUGUUUUUCGACGGGACGUCCCUCGUGCAGCUGCAGCGUAUACGCUUCACGUGCAAAUGGUUCUGGGUUCGAUCCUCGGCAUCUGCAGGUAGGCCUGGACCCUGCCUGAAACGCUGGAGAGCUGCUGCCAGUGUAGACAGUAUGGAGCUAGGUGUGAUGGCCUGGGAUUCGGACUCGGAGGCUGAACCUGAGGAAUCCCAGCCUUCACACGAUUCCCCGCCUCCAGAACCAGCUGAGCUGGGGCAUGAGCCUGAAGGGUCCUCACCUGUGCUGGAUCCCCAGGUGCAGGCACCAGCUGAAUCCGCUCUGACUCCGGAGGUGAUGGAGGACCCAUUGCCUGCAGGUGCUCCACUCUCAACCCCGUCAGAGGAAGCUGAGGUUGCCUUUGGGUCCGGUCACCCUCCAGCCUCUCCGGAGCUGCAGAGGCUCAGGGCAGAGAGGCGGAGGGAACUAAGUUCCCGCAGGAGGAGUGCUCGCCUCCAGGCCAGGAGAGGCGAGUCACCUGUGGACUGGGGCCGCCCUAUGCCUCGGGGCAGAUAAAAGCCGGCCAGUCCCAGGUUGCGGGAGCAACAUGUUGUUGUUGUUUAGUCAUUUAGUCAUGUCUGACUCUUCGUGACCCCCUGGACCAGAGCACGCCAGGCCCUCCUGUCUUCCACUGCCUCCUGCAGUUUGGUCAAACUCAUGCUGGUAGCUUUGCGAACACUGUCCCACCAUCUGGUCCUCUGUCGUCCCCUUCUCCUUCUGCCCUCCAUCUUUCCCAACAUCAGGGUCUUUUCCAGGGAGUCUUCUCUUCUCAUGCUGUGGCCAAAGUAUUGGAGCCUCGGCUUCAGGAUCUGUCCUUCCAGUGAGCACUCAGGGCUGAUUUCCUUCAGAAUGGAUCGGUUUGAUCUUCUUGCAGUCCAUGGGACUCUCAAGAGUCUCCUCCAGCACCAUAAUUCAAAAGCAUCCAUUAUUCGGCGAUCAGCCUUCUUUAUGAUCCAGCUUUCACUUCCAUACAUCAACAUAGUUGAUCAACAUAGGGAGCAACAUAGUUAGUUGGUAGCCUGUUCCUGCCUGCACCCUGUCCUGCUCUUCUGCCAGAGUUCCUGACCCCACCCAACUCCCUGCCUUGGACCCUGCUUCAGCUUUGACGGACAGCCUCUAUACCGCACCCUUGACCUUGGACUGGACUCAGACCUUGCCGCACGGUUAACCCUCGGGACCAGCACACUAGGUGGGUCAGUGGUCUGAGGCUGCUUUCUGUGCUCUCUCAAUUAGGAAGGAAGCUCUGACCGGGCUCUGCUGGAGAACCUGCACCGCUCUCUCCUGACUUUGCACGCCAGCUCCUUCGCUCUGCAUGGGGUCGAUUACAUCCCUCUGCCCCUUGCCGGCCACUCUGAGGACGUCUUCGCCUUUCUCCGGCCCGGAUCCUGCUCCGCAAUCCUGGUGGUCUUGAACCUGGGGCCGCGGCCCCUCCAGCUCAUCCUGAGCCAGCUCAACUUCCUGGUUCCUGCCAAGGUUCUCUUCAGCACCCACCCUGAGCCCCAGCGCGAGAGCAACGUGGACCGAGUGAGGCUGACGCCACACCAAGCUGUCCUCCUCCAAGUGCCCAGAGGACGCGGGCCGUGA